UGAAAUAAGAAAAUAUAUAAAGGCACAUAAUAGAUAAAUAUAAUUAUUACUGUUCUAAUCAAGUUGAAAUUUUGAGAGGAUAUAUGUGAUUUUGUCUCUAGAAUAAGCAUAUGUUUUUGUAUUAUGUGUAAUAGUAUAAACAACACAUUAUAUACAAAUAAAUAUAGGCAAAUUAAUCUGUUUUUAUAUUAAAAUAUUUUUACUAUAUUGUUUCAGAGAAUAUUACUAAACAUUUUGGCAAGGAGGAUUCUACGUAUAAUAUCUUGAGUAAUACGUACAUACUUUUGAUAUAUGUAUAUAUUAGCAUUUCAUUAAUAGUACAUAUACAUAUUUUGCAUUGUAAAGAAAAAUGAAUACCGAUUAUGUCAUUGCGGAAUUUAACGAUGGACUUCAGCUAAUACCUGCAUUGUGGUACAAUGCAGAUAAACGUUCAAGUAUUUGGCCUACUCAUUUUAAAAGUAAAUUUAGAAUAAAUAAAGCAAUAAUAACAAGAGAAAUGCCACAAAAUGUUGAAUGGGAAGUAUUACCAGUGAAAAGGAUUUUUGGCAGAGCAGAUAAUUAUGAAGAAGGUAUGGAAAAAUUAAUCAUAGCUGAAGACACAUCUAAUAUAGAGGCAUCAUCUGAUGAAUUAAACAUACAAAAGAAAAAAAGAAGACGUGAGAAAGCCAAGAAAAUUAUGUCAUCUUCUUCAGACGAAGAUCUAUGUUUUAAUGGAGAUAAUUUAAAUGAAAACAAUUAUGCAAGACAAAGUUGUAGUAACCUCCUACCUGCAUGUCCAGAAAUUCGAAAUUUUGUACCUCAAAAAAAGCAUAUGCAGACAUUCACAGAAAACAAUCCUACAAAUGUUUUAUAUCAAAAUUCUUACAAUAAAACUGUUAACAUUGAAAAUAUUUCAAAGAACACAAAAGAUUUUACAGAAAAAUCUAUUGAUAGCGAUAUAGAAAAUUUUGGUGAAUGCAAAAAACUAGUUUUUGUAAAACUAAAUAAAGUUUUAUAUAAACUUAAUAGUAUUGAAAAUAAAAUCGACAUGCUAGAUGAGAAAAUGCAACGUUCUAAUUAUUCCAGCCAAGAAGAGAUUGUUAUACAACUGCCUAUAACAACAUUUGAAGAAUUAACAACUUUUGAAGAAGAAUUAAAAGAUGUUAAUUUCAAAGAUAAAGCGAUUAAUACGUUUCAACUUGUGGGUGGAAGUACAGCACACAUAAUGAUACGUAACAUUUUAAAAAAAGCUGUGACAAAUAAUUUGGCACAGCAUUUUAGCUGGGCUGGAAAAAAAGCUAAAAAAAGCUUUCAAGAUUUAGGACUUGCAAGAAUAAUUAUACAAGCUAUUCGUACAACACAUAAACAUAUAAGUGACACCGAAAUUGGCGCAACUAUUGCCAAGUGGCUAGCCCAAGCUGCUGUUCGAAUUGAGAGAGCAAAAUCCUUAACAGGAAAGGAAAAUCAGCCUCGUUAAGUUUAUAAUAUUUAUAAUGCUCUUUCUAAGUUUUUUUUAUGUUCAAUGAU